GAUUCAAUUUCAUUUGGGCCCAAUUCAUCACUGCCGACUCCCACUCCUCUCUCUCCCUUUCAUCUGUGCAAAACGUUGGGUUCAAGCUAGAUACCGGUGGAAAAAAUGGCGACUGCCCUAGCCCGCAUCUCCCGAAAAGCCCUAAUCACUACUAUCUUCCCACACCGGACUCUCCUUCAUCGAACCUUCACCGUAGAGGCAUCAACCAAAUCGAUAACGCCGUCAGCCGAUCGAGUCAAGUGGGACUACCGAGGCCAGAGGCAGUUAAUCCCGUUGGGUCAGUGGCUCCCCAAGGUUGCCGUCGAUGCCUACGUGGCACCCAACGUCGUCCUAGCUGGUCAGGUCACUGUCUGGGAUGGAGCUUCAGUUUGGAGUGGAUCGGUCCUACGGGGCGAUCUCAACAAGAUCACAGUUGGGUUCUGCUCUAAUGUUCAAGAGCGUUGCGUCAUUCAUGCCGCUUGGAACUCGCCUACAGGACUGCCGGCGGAGACAUCCAUUGAAAGGUUUGUGACAAUUGGUGCAUAUAGUCUCUUGCGGUCCUGCACAAUUGAGCCAGAAUGCAUCAUUGGACAGCACUCUAUCCUUAUGGAAGGUUCUUUGGUGGAGACUCACUCAAUCCUUGAAGCAGGGUCUGUAGUUCCCCCAGGGAGGAGAAUUCCAACCGGUGAACUUUGGGCAGGAAAUCCAGCAAGGUUUGUGAGGGCUUUGACUCAUGAAGAGACUUUAGAAAUCCCUAAACUUGCUGUUGCAAUUAACGAUCUCAGCAAGAACCAUUUCUCAGAGUUCCUCCCUUACUCCACAGUAUAUUUAGAGGUUGAGAAGCUGAAGAAGAAGUUAGGUAUUGCUAUCUAAUGCAUUACACUAUCAUCUUUCUUUGUAGCGGUCGAUUGCAGGAAAUAAACAGCUGGAGAACAUAUAAAGCAUGCUUCCAUGUUUCUUUUGUUUGUAUUUGAUUUUAUUGGCUGUUGAAAGAGCGAGUUGUGAAUUUCAACCAAAUGGAUGAUACUAUUCACUGGAGGCACUGUUCAAUUGUUUCUGCUUUGAAUUCCCUACACUUUAUUCCAUCAGCUUACUGUAUUUGCCUAUAAAGCUUACUGGUUGUUUUUGCAAA